AUGUCUAAGAACAAAAGUCGUCGGGAGUGCGGAGAAAAGACGAGUGCGGGCGGGAGAGAGGGAGCAGCGCACUCGGACCUUAAUAUGAGUCUGCAGGGCGUCUGGGGGUUGUGGGGUGGAACCAGCCGACAGGAGACAGAGUGGACACGCACCUGUCACUGGAGUAGAAGGAAACCCAGUGAGAACUCAAACUUCCGCCUGCGUGUUGCGGUUCUGCUCUCGGUAACGUCUUGUCUGCCGCGCGUCGGCCCGAUAGCCGUGCAGAACCCCGCAGGCUCGUGUUCCGGAUCCGAGGGCGCCGCGCCCGCUCUCCCGCUCUCUUCAGUGCUUCUGGAGGGUCGGGGCCUUCUCCCUCGGGAGCCCCUGAGACCGAGCCGCAUUGCCGCUGAAGUGGAGGUGCGCGCGCCGGUGCGUUCCCAGGUCACGGGAUUUCUUAAGAAACCUGUGAGAAAUCUCGCUGGUGUGAAACACCAUGAAUGUAGUGAAUGUGGGAAAGUCUUUAAGAAUUCUUCAGGCCUCAUUACACAUGUAAGAACUCACAGUGGAGUGAAGCCUUUUGGAUGUAAGGAAUGUGGGAAAACCUUUAAAUGUUCCUCAGCCUUCACUGUGCAUCUUCGGACUCACAGUGGAGAAAGGCCUUAUAAAUGUGAGGAGUGUGGGAAGGCCUUUAGUUAUUCUUCACAGCUUUGUAAACAUAGAACCAUUCACAGUGGAGAGAGACCUUAUGAGUGUAAAGACUGUGGGAAAACUUUUCGCCGUUCCUCACACCUCUCUUCACAUCUAAAAACUCACACUGGAGAGAAACCCUAUGAAUGUAAGCAGUGUGGGAAAGUCUUCAGUCAGUCCUCAAUCCUCACUAUGCACCAGAGAACUCACAGUGGAGAAAAACCUUACAAAUGUAAGGAAUGUGGCAAAUCCUUUCAUUGUUCCUCACACCUCAUCACACAUAUGCGAACUCAUAGUGGAGAAAGGCCUUAUGAAUGUAAGCAGUGUGGGAAACUCUUUAGUCAGUCUUCAAUUCUCACUUUGCAUAAAAGAACUCACAGUGGAGAGAAGCCUUUUAAAUGUAAGGAAUGUGGGAAGUGCUUUAGUUCUUCCUCAGCCCUCACUAUACACUUAAGAACUCACAGUGGAGAGCGGCCUUAUGAAUGUAAGGAGUGUGGAAAAUGCUUCAGCUGUUCUUCACACCUGAGGGGACACAUGCGCACUCACAGUUUAGAGAAGGCCUAUCUGUGCAAAGAAUGCGGAAAGUCCUUUAAGUCUUCCACACACCUUAAUUCACAUAUGCGAACUCACAGUGGAGAGAAACCUUAUGAGUGUGAUCAGUGUGGAAAAGUCUUCCGUUACUCGUCAGCUGUAACUGCACACAUGAGAAUGCACACUGGAGAGAAACCUUACGAAUGUAAGGAAUGUGGGAAAGCCUUUAUUUCUAAGUCACGCCUUGGAACACAUAUAAGAAUUCACAGUGGUGUGAAGCCUUAUGAAUGUAAGGAGUGUGGGAAAGCCUUCAGGGAUACCUCAGCCUUCACUAUACAUAGAAGGUCUCAUAGUGGAGAGAAACCUUUUGACUGUAAGCAGUGUGGGAAAGGCUUUAGUUCUUCUUCAGCCCUCACUAUACAUCUAAGAACUCAUAGUGGAGAGAGGCCUUAUGAAUACUAA